CUCUCCCUCUCCAAGUCAUUUGGCCAUUUUGCUUUCCAUCGAUGUGAAAUUAGACUUUUUUUGAAAAAAUUAGUAGCCUUUGAUUAAAAUGUAAAUAGAUAUUUGUCAUUUGAAGUUACAAAAGAUAGUUCUGUAAUUGGUAGCCUCUGCUUUUUGACCAUUCUGACAAAAUUUCAUUGCCAUCCAGAUGUGCUCUCUCGGAAGUUUACCGUUUGUUUUACCGAUAAUUACAUUGUCAAUCACUUGUUGUGUGUACUUCAUUAAUUUCUUUGAAGAAAAAAUCAUCAUCAUUAUCGGCGGAUCAUCAUGAAAAAUUGUUUUUCUUUCAUCCACUUUGCCUCGUUUGUAAAAAAACAACACACACGAGAACUCAUUAAUGACAUACCCCCUAAUGAUAAUUACGUAGUUUUGCGUAUUUUGUUUUGGUCGUCAAAUUUCACUGCUACACUUCAAAUAAUAAUCGUCAACCAAAAUUUCCGGUAUUAUUGCUAGUAGAAGACUUUAACUUUAAUUACAAAAGGAAAAUGAACUAUAUUUAAUAAAGCAACGGGUAGUCUCUAAUACAAAAUCUAUGUAUUACGAGGGAAGCAACAAGGACGUCUUCAGAGAGUUGAAUUGACCAUUGUGAUACCCAUGUGAAAUGCCUUAUGAAAAAUUCAAUAAAAAGCGUAGACAAUGGGAGGAUAAUGGUGUAUUAGAGUUAAUUAAAUUAUGGAAAGUUUGUGCAUAUGAACUGCGCACAAUUAAACGCAAUGGCCAUCUCUAUGUGGCUAUGGCAAAACAAUUGACCGGACUUGGAGUACCCGUUACAGCAUUAGAAGUCCACUUUAAAGUAAAUAAUUUAACACAGCGAUAUCGACAGGAACAGAAAACAUUUGAGGCAACUGGCAUUAUAAGCACAUGGAAAUUUUAUAAUCAGGUGGAUGAUGUUUUUAAGAGCUUGGGACAAACCGGCUACACAAAAGAUAAACGUAUUAUGACACCAGCAUCGAAUGCAAGCAGCUUACCUUCUUCAUCUGAGUCACCAGUUUGGAAAAAUCAAAUGUCUCAACAGGAGUUCAAUAGUAAUAAUUCCGAAGGUUUUUACAAAUCGGAAUAUGGAAUGCAUCGGCAUUUUAUUGAUCAUUCACAGGCGCAGGCUAAUGGUGGCGCUGGGGGCGCUACCGGUAGUGCUGAUGUCAACUUUAUGGCCAAUACAGCUGCUGCUGCGGCGGCUGUGGCUGCUGCCUCACGUCUCAAUGAAACAAAUCAAAUGGAUCAAUUAAAUGCGGCUGCUUCGGCAGCAUCUGCAAAUAACACCACAAAUGGCGGUGUCCUCAACUACAAUAAAAUUAAAAAGUCACCCGAUGACUAUGACAAGUUUGUCGAUAUUGUCAAAAAUAUUGUUGAUUCACACAAAAGCACCCCGGAUAAGGUGGACACAUUUGGUGACUUCAUUAAAUCCUACAUACGGCGUUGGCCCGAUCGCAUUCAGGAUGAAGCUAUCAAUCACAUCACAAACUACAUAAUUGUUAAGAAUAUGGAACAUACCAUGCACGCAAGCAUUGAUGGCGUUAAUAAUCGACAAUAAUACAAAAGUGAACCUAGAAACUAGGUUCACGUAUAUAAACAACAACAACAGCCACACUGCAGCAACACAUACAUCUAAAACUACAACUAAUAAAUGUUACUUAAAAUAAGUUAUACCUUUUAGUUCUCAACUUACCUUAUCAUUAGACAUUGUCUUCGUUUAGUUAGCUCGUACUUCAACCGUAUGUGUAAUUCAAAUAAGUUUUCUUUUUAAAUAUUUUAAGUAAAUAUUUUUUAAAAUUGUCCUAGAGUGUUUGUUAUAAGUACAACUAUUAACUCUUCAUAUAAUAAACUAUGGUAUUUAAUAAUAAUAAUAUUUUUAUUUAAAUAUAAU